AAUGAAAAGGGCUUUUGUUUUAGAGUAAUAAACACAUGAAGCAGAUAAAAUCAUCACAGAGUGUGAAGCUGAAGACAGAAACAUCAGACUCAGAACAGAAACACACAUCCUCUAAAAAAUGGAGCAAACUCUAUAUUUCAUUCUUCUUCUCGUUGCUCUCUGCUCCGUAUCUGAAUGUGUUCAGCGUCAGUAUCACUUUAUAAAUGAGAAGAAGACCUGGACUGAAGCUCAGAGAUACUGCAGAGAGAAUUACACAGAUCUGGCCACCGCUGACAACAUGAACGACAUGAACGAGCUGAUGAAGAGUGUGAUUAAUGAACGUUUCUGGAUUGGCCUGCAGAGAAAAUGGCAUUGGUCUUCAGGUGAACCUGCGCUCUAUCUGAACUGGGCUCCUGCACAACCUGAUGGCAGAGAUGAGUGCGCUGUGAUGAGAAAUGGGCAAUGGAAUGAUUUGGGAUGUAGUAAUAACUACCAAUUCAUCUGCAACAACAUGAGCACAAGACUCGUCUUUAUCAAUCAGAAGAAAAACUGGAGAAACGCUCAGAGAUACUGCAAACAGAAUCACACUGAUCUGGUCAGUGUGAGAAACCAGGAUGAGAAUGAGAAGAUUAAGAAGAUCAUUAGUGAUAAUCACUCAUCUGGAUCAUAUGUCUGGAUCGGUCUGUUCAGAGACUCAUGGCAGUGGUCAGAUCAGAGUAACUACUCUUUCAGUUACUGGGACACUGGUGAACCUAAUAAUGCUGGAGGUGAUGAAAACUGUACACAUGUUGAAAAGAGCGCUCAGGGACGAUGGAAUGAUGAGUAUUGUAACAAUCGAUAUCCUUUUGUGUGUCAUGAAGAUAAACUGAUUGUGAUCAGAGAGAAUCUGACGUGGUCUGAAGCUCUGAGAUACUGCAGACAGAAUCAUGUGGAUCUGGUCUCGGUUCAUUCACAAGAGAUUCAGCGUCGUGUGAUGAACGUGGUACACCUGGCGUCUACUGCGGAGCUGUGGUUGGGUUUACGUCACUCCUGCACUGUGGGCAUCUGGUUCUGGGUGAGUGGAGAGACCGUGUGCUAUCAGAACUGGGCUCCAGGGAACGGCACAUCAGAGGAGGACUGUGAACACACAGUGAGAUCUGGAGCAGUUCAGUCUGGAGGAGAUCAGCGCUGGAUCAGCCGUCCUGAAACUGACAAACUCAACUUCAUCUGCAGCAGAUAUUAAGAGUGAAAGGAUACACAGACCUUCAUGUGAGGAAACAAGUGAUUGUGUGUUCACUUCCUUUAAC